AUGUUCCUGUUAUUUUUUUUUCUAUGCCAAAGUAUAUUAAGUACAGAAGGCUUCUGUAUUAUGAAAGAUUUACUUACAGAAGACGUGUGCAGUGCGCAAGUGGAAUGUACAACAACUACAGAAAAUUUAAACGAAAUGAGAAAUGAAUGGACUUGUAUAAGACGAUUGCGACCAAAUUAUAAUUACUAUUAUCGUAAUGACAGAUAUCAGUAUUUGACUAACUACAAGUUUAUUUUAAAUGUCAAAGAUGUAGAUAUAAAUGUAUCAGAAGAUCCCUUAUUCGGAACAGAUGAUAGCUCGAAUAAUAUUGUAAAAUUAACUGUAAGUAAUGGUAAUCUUGUUUCAAUGCCAAUACAAAUCUAUAAUUUUGGAAAGUUGAACGAAUUAAAUGUAGUCCAUAACAACCUAGAAAGCAUUAAUUUAAUUAAAUUAUCAAAUAUAUUUACAUUAGAAAUAUUGAAUGUUUCAUAUAAUUCGAUAUCGCUUAUUGAAAUAGACUCUUUUGGAAUAGAAACAUCAACAAGUAUGAGCUCAAUAGUUUCAAUAGAUUUAAGUCAUAACUCAUUGGAAUAUGUUCCGGAUAAUUGUUUCGUAAGAUUUAGUCGUCUCAAAUAUCUAGACUUAUCUCACAAUAAGCUUUUGGGUUUUGACAUACUAACAUUUGAAGGAAUGACAAAUUUAGAGACUUUCUUCCUUUCAAAUAAUAAAUUAACAGAAAUUGGACAAAACUUCGCUAGAUUUAUAAAUUUAAAACACUUUACCUUAAAUAACAACUUCUUAACAACACUAACAGAACAAGAAUUGAGAAAAUUAAAUGAUUUAGAAUGUUUAGAUCUUAGUUCAAAUCGUAUAAAAAAUAUUGAAGAUAGAGCAUUCAUAGCACUUAGAAAUCUGAGAGAAUUAAAUCUGAGUUAUAAUGAAAUAACGUACAUUCAUAAGGAAUUAUUUGAAAAAAAUGAAAAUUUAUCGAAAUUAUUAUUAGCUAAUAAUAAUAUAGAAAAUAUAGAAGCAGGUUCAUUUGAUCAUAAAAAUAUUUCAAGUUUUGAAAUUAAGAACAAUAAUCUUAAUGGAUCAAUUGAAAGUGAAACGUUCAAAGGAAUUUUUGUCGAUAAUUUAGAUUUGAGUGGCGGUGAAUUAAGUAAAAUAGGUGAAAAAGCUUUUAGCUCCGUUGGUAAUAGCUUACUCAUAUUAAAUUUGAGUAGUAAUAGUAUUGAAACUAUUGAUAAAACGUCAUUUCAUUCACUAGAACUCCUUUUAAAGUUAGACUUGUCUUAUAACAAGUUGACUGAUAUAGAAUUUGAUACGUUCGAUCUUAAAGCUUUAACAGAAUAUUAUCUUCAAAAGAAUAAAAUUAAAAAAAUGGACAAAACUAUGUUCACACAUUUAUUUUCAUUAAAAACUUUAGAUUUAUCUCAAAAUUCAAUAUCAGAUAUAGAAAUAAAUUCAUUUUCGGAAUUAAAUAGCUUGGAGAACCUAAUUUUACACAGUAAUCAUUUAGUUAGUUCAUUAAAAGGGAACAUAUUGACUGGAUUGCAUAAUUUAAAUUUACUAGACAUAUCUCACACGGGAAUAAUGAAUUUUAAAAAUGAGUCAUUUUAUGGCACCAGUUCCACAGUUUUAAACUCUUCUCAUAGUGAUAUUGAUAUAAUUGAGUAUGAAUCUUUCAAAGGUUCCGGAAAAAUAGAAAUUAUCGACCUUUCGUUCAAUGUUUUAGAACAAUUAUGUGUUAAUACAUCACAUCUCACAUAUCUUACCAAAUUAAAUCUAAACAACAAUAAACUGGUACAUAUUACAAAUGCUACGUUCCAAAAUCUAUACGCAUUGGAAACACUACACUUAGCUUAUAAUAAUAUCAUGGAUUUAAAUUCAGACGCAUUUCAAAGUUUAUCUAAAUUGAAAUAUUUAAAUAUACAUAAUAACAAUGCUUUAGAAGUAAAAGGUCAUGUAUUAAAUAACUUAUUCUUGUCAAAAGCUUCUUUUAGGAAUAUAAGAGGAAAUUUGAAUUUUAGAGAUGUCUUGAAUACUUCUAUUACAGCGUUGGACAUAAGUUAUUGCAAUAUUAGUGACAUAAAUGAAAUAUCUGUUUUUAAAAUACAAAACCUUCUUGAAGUAGAUAUAAGUUAUAACAAAAUAACAAUGUUAGAUAAGAGUUCUUUCCGCAGUAUGCCCUUGCUUAACUCGUUAGAUUUAAGCUCUAAUAGAAUUUCUUUUAUUCAACCUGGUACAUUUCUUUCAACCGGAAUGAUUAAUACAUUAAAUUUACAAAGCAAUAACUUAUUAUCAUUACAAUUUGGAGUACUUGAUGGACUGGAAAACCUUCGUGUGUUAAAUUUAUCCAAUAAUGCAAUACGCGUCUUCGAUGUUAAUCUUCUACAUAGCACACCACAUCUUUCCCAUUUAUAUCUUGAUAAUAACAUUAUAACAAAUGUAGACUUUAAAAAGUUUUCACAAUCUAGUGUCGAGUUACUGAGUGUAGGUGGUAAUCUUCUGCCUUGUACUACUUUGAUAAGCUUAAAAAAUGAGCAUUCCGAAAGCAAUUCGAUUAAAAUUACUGCGGAAAAUUUUGAAUAUAAUUCAGAGAAUAUUCAAGGUAUAACUUGCAAAACUGAAAACUUCAGAGACGAAAUUCAAAAAGACACUAGUAAUAACACUGAGUUUAAAAAUGUUUUAAAAGAACUCCAUGAUUAUUUUAAUACUUCAAAAUUUAUGUCUGCAACAAUGAAUGAAAUAAAAAUGGAAUUAGCUAAUCAUACAGUUAUAUUAAAUGAUUUUUUAAAUAAAUCUAGGGUCCCAUUAGAUACCUUUUUAAAAUCUUUCUUAGAUGCUUAUAAAAAAAUACUAAAUAAUUCUAAUAGUCAUGGAAGUGGUAAUAUUACAGAAACUUUAAAAUCACUAACUGUUAUAUUAAAGUCGGGUAUAAAUGAUUACAGCACGCUAACUAAUAAAUAUUUAGAAGAACAAAAUAAAUUGUUAAACGCGAAAAUUAAUGUUGUAAAUGAGAAGCUUGAUUUUAAUCCGCAGACGUACAGACCUGAGCAAGUUAAGGAAGCUGUAGAUGUUAAAGUGAUAUUAUAUGUUAUAACAGCAUGCCUAGUGGUUAUAGUCUUAUUAAGUUUUGUAUCUUUAUUGAAUAAAUAUUUUUGUAAGUAUAAUAAUUUUUGUAUAAAACAAAAUCAAUCGUUUACUUCUAAUGAAUGUGGUUUAGAAAUGGGA